AAUGUCUCGCUGACAGUGAGUCCAAUACCUUUUUACUCUGUGCUUUUUACUUAGAUAACUUUUAAUUACUUACUGAAUUAUUUCCAUUGACGGUCUAUUUCAUUUAUAAUAAUUUAUUAUCUGUAGAUAUAUAUCUAUCUAUUGUUAUAAGUUCUAUACAAAUCAAUUUUAAUAUUGCCUAUUUAGUAAAUAAUGAAAAUCGUAUUCAGAUAACAAUUGUGAGACUGUUAAUUACAUUUUCUUUCUGUUCAACUAAAACUUUUAAAAAAGUACAUAUUUAAUAUGUCGUCCAUUCGCCAAGCCUUAUUACUUUCAUCCUCAAAUUGUCAUGGAUAUUCCAUGUUAGAAUUCGCUAAACAAGAAAUUUCUUCAAUUUUAAAAAAAAAUAAUGUAAAACAACUACUCUUUAUACCAUAUGCACAAAAUGAUUUUGACACUUACACAUCAAAAAUCAAGGAAGUUAUUGAUCCAUGGGGCUUUGAAGUUAGUGGUAUUCAUGCUUAUCCUGAUCCUGCAAAUGCUGUUAUGUCCACCAGAGCUAUAUUUGUAGGUGGUGGGAAUACAUUCCUCCUAUUAAAACGACUUUAUGAAAAUAAUUUGGUUGAACUCAUUAGAAACAGAGUGGCUGAGGGAAAUUUGAUAUAUAUAGGAAGUAGUGCUGGUACUAAUGUGGCCACAAAAAGUAUUCACACAACAAAUGAUAUGCCAAUCAUAUAUCCACCUUCAUUUGAUGCAAUAAGAAUAGUUCCUUUCAAUAUAAACCCCCAUUACAUAGAAAGUGCAGAUCCUGAGACACAUAAAGGGGAAACUAGAGACCAAAGGAUCAAUGAAUACUUGGAAAUGUCCCAUGCCUCUCCUGUGCUAGGAUUGAAAGAAGGAUCUUUGCUACAUGUAAAUGGAGACUCGUUAGCUUUAAGAGGUGUUGCUGGUGCAGUUUUAUUUAGAAAAGGUCAUAAGAAAGUUGAAUAUCCUGUUGGAACAGACAUAACUUUUUUAUUUCAUCAAAAUGAGAACUAACUACACAUAUCAUUUUACUUCCAAUUUAUUUACUCUUCAAUAUUAUUCAUGUGUACUUAUAUGUAUAUAGGAAAUCUAAAAUAAAAUUGUACAAUGUCUUCAAAUAAUGCAUUUAAUUAAAUUUGUGAUAAUUACAAAA